UAUUCCGCCAUAUUGUUCGUUGCACUUUCUCCCAAUCAAAACAAUACGAGACGCUUCUUGUGUUAUUCUUCAGUCUUUGAUUAUACUAAUGAAACACACAUAUUAUUCUUCACAAGCGGAGAAAUACUAGAAUCAGUACCCCUACGUCCGAAGAAGCAGAAAAGGUCUGAAGCAAGAAGACAGCAAGACCGACAAAGACAAAAAAAACGAGCGUAAACAUCGGUAAUGAACUAAGGUGGAGUAGUGAUGACCAAGUGCUUCUUUUUGUUGGACAGGCUGCGUGGUUCUACUAAUGAAGGCUUGUAUGCAGAUGAGGGGCUGAGGUCGUCUCUAGAGCAACGCUGCUCCGUCUGACCCGGUGACCUCUACCAUGGCUUUCUGACUGCUACAGGUCAGUGGCAGCUGUCAAUCACUCCGCAGCAGACACACAUGCAACGGUCUUUCAUCAUGGAUCAGUAAUAGUGAAGCACAGUUGUUCUAUGGCAGAAGCCGAUGCUAAUACAGUGAGUGAAUACUGGGCCUGUGCCAGGACUGAAAUGGUCCAGCGAUUGAGGAGAGAGAGAGAGAGAGGGGGAGCGGGUGAAGAGACGACCGGUGCGUGCAGCUUUCCCAAGAGGAAAUGAAAAGAAAAGAAGCUCAACGAGGAAAGAGAGAGAGCCAAAGCGGGGAGCACGCCAGAGAAGGAAACAGACUCGCAUCCUCUAACUCCAGUCAUAUCUGAGGCGAUCCCGGUUGGAAAGUGAGGGAGGAGAGAGAGCGUGGUCGCUGCCGCCGUGCGCUCUCAAACACACACACACACACACACACACACACGCUCUUGCGGCAGCAGACCGCUGUGUGUUCGCCUGUUCUUUUGUGCCAGCAGCUGGGAUUGUUCUUGGCCCCGUCUGACCCCCUUGUCACCCCCCGUGUGAGUGUUUGUAUGUGUGUGUGGGAGUGCGAGGGGUCCCGGAACGUGGACUGAGCGGAGGGGAGGGUCACGGUUCGGGUGUCCGGACGGGUCCGAGACAACUGAAGAAGAGGAGGAGGGAUACAUCUGCCUCCGAAACAGCUGCUCAGAGGUGGACAUGCACAUCAGCUCUUCUGUUGGGGGUCUCGGACUGACAUAGCCUCGGCCAAUCACAGCCUGAGUUAGAGGUGGCGGCCCAUAGGGGGCGUGAUGGCGGCCAUGCCGUUCGUCAGCGAGGGGAAGUGUGUGAGUGUGGAGUGGGACUUCUUACAGGGGCUCCUCGCCAAACCACCCACCUUACCCUGCUUGCAGAACUUGAGGAAGGAGAAGUCGCGCAAUGCAGCUCGUUCUCGGCGGGGCAAAGAGAACUUUGAGUUCUUCGAGUUGGCAAAGAUGCUUCCCCUCCCCGGGGCAAUUACCAGCCAGCUGGACAAGGCCUCCAUCAUCCGCCUCACCAUCAGUUACCUGCACAUGAGACACUUUGCCAGCCAGGGAGACCCACCCUGGAGCCCUCUACUGGAGGGAGAGAACAACUGCAACAAGGUGCGAAGAACAAGUCAUUCGUUGGUCACUGACAUAUUUGAACAGCACCUGGGAGCUCAUCUGCUGCAGUCUCUGGAUGGAUUCGUGUUCGUGGUCAGUCAAGAAGGCAGAUUUCUUUAUAUCUCAGAGACUGUGUCCAUCUACCUUGGCCUUUCACAGGUCGAGUUGACUGGCAGUAGUGUGUUCGAUUACAUCCACCCUGCGGAUCAUGUCGAAAUGGCAGAGCGUCUUGGCAUUAGGCCACACCUCCGGGCGGAGGCAGGCUGUCAAACGUCCCACGAGAGUGCUUCAAGCUCCGCCUCCGCAUCCUCUCUGGCUGGCACCCCUGAACCAGCACCAUCCAGCCCCUGUUCUCCUGUCAGAGAGUUGUCAGAACGUGGCUUCUUCAUCCGGAUGAAAUCCACCCUCACCAAGCGUGGCCUCCACGUUAAAUCCUCGGGCUAUAAAGUGAUUCAUGUGACAGGUCGGAUUCGGUGUCGGCCAGCCCUGGUGCCAGGCUCCUCCCGCCCCUUGCAUCGGCCAAUGGGAUUGGUCGCUCUAGCCCACACGCUUCCGCCCUCCACGCUCAAUGAGGUGCGCAUGGAAAGUAACAUGUUUGUCUUCCGUGUCAACAUGGACCUGCAGAUCACCUACUGUGAGAACAGGAUUUCGGAGUAUAUGGACCUGAGCCCAGCUGAGGUAGUUGGACAAACCUGUUACCACUUUAUCCAUGCAGAAGACCUGGACACCGUCAGGCAGAGCCAUGAUGACUUGCUGCGGAAAGGGCAGGUUGUGACGGGGUAUUAUCGGUGGCUGCAGAGGAGAGGAGGGUAUCUGUGGAUUCAGUCCUGUGCCACCGUGUCCAUUAACCACAAAGCGCCCCAUGAGCGUAACGUCAUCUGGGUCAACUAUGUGCUCAGUCGACCAGAGCUGCCAGACAUGCCUCUGGACUUAUUACAACUUCCAGAAAGCCUGAGGGCAGAGCGGCUUCAAGCAAGCUCCUCCCCACGUGAUACCUCUCCAAAGGCACAAGGCUCCACGGCGACACAGCCAUUGAAAGGCAGGUCUGAGAAAGACCACAAAGGGAAGGAACCCUUUUCGCACACUGCUGCCAGCCAAUCAGAGAGCACCAGGAAGAGAUCGCACCAGUCUGACGCUGAAAGUGGUCCUCCCGAGGCGAGGAGGCGGAUUGAGGUGUUCCGUCAGAGAGAUGACAGCCCAUGUACCUCUUCGGACCAAGCCAGCGACAGCGAGGUGGAAGAGGAUGAUGAGAGAGAGAGCGAGUGGGACCACAACCCCACCAGUAAACGGGUGAAGAGUGAAGAGGGGGCACUGAAACUAGGCAAUGGGGCCAAUGGAGCAGGUAAGAUCCACAACGGCCGCGCUGUGAUCCAGCAUCUUAAGAGCGUGGUGACCAGCUCCGGGUCGAAUAUUAAGACUGAACAAGAAGUGAUAGGAACUGUAGGUGUAGGUUCUGGGAGGCGUUGGAGCCAACCUCAGCCCAGCAGUGUAGGAACCAAUGGCAGCAGUCCACCUUCCCAACCUCCAAACUCCACCCCGACAGAAGCUCCACCCAAGGGUCUGUUCAACCCACCAUCCCCAACUCUGUCUCCACCCAUCUCAGCCUCGUCCCUGCCCAGAGAUGACCGGUCCAUCCACGGAGGGCGUGCUCCAGACUUCGAGCUACUGCAGAGACUGACUGCGAGUGGGGCCGCAGGACGUGUGCUCUUUCACCCCCUGGCUCUUGGCCCACAGGGGCCUCAGAGUCUUUACGCUCCCAGCACCAUUCGCUACGCCCCACCUGAAAUGCCUACAGCUCACUCUGAUGGGCACCGUUCAGACCACCUGGCCAAAACCCCCGCUUUCUUUCCCCACCUGCAAAGGAUUGCAUCUCUGCCUCCUUUUAGUGGCUUUUCUCCAGCCGAACCCACCUUUCCUCCAACUCUGCCCUUCUGUAUGAACGGACUGAGGGGGGCGGCAGGGACAGAUGAAGAUUGAGGGAGAAAGACAAAAAAAUGUAAAGGAGAGGUGGAAGAGAUUGUAAAGGACAGGGCACAACAUUGAGAGAGGAACUUGAGGUUUGUUAAACAGUCUUCCCAGAAUCCUCUCCAGACUUUUCUCUGUUAAUUUGUUAGUGUGUCUUCCUCUCUCUGGACAAGCAGUCAAAGCCAUACUGAACAUAUGAAGGACUUCAUGCAACUUACACAGAGGGGCCAACGGUGAGGUCUGAACAAUUGGGAAUAUACAGGGCCGUCAUUGGGUAGAAGGCUCUUUGGUGAUUUUGGUCCUGCUUGGCCCCCAGGAGAUGGGCUCACCUAUUUCAAGUCUCAAUGAAUUUAAGAAACCACACAGGAAUAUGCAAGUAUGGACAAAAGCAGCAUGGUGGAAGUUGCCAAAUAAGACAUUCCUAAGGAAACGAUACAUAAGAAAGCACAGUACACAGGUCCCUGACUGACAGAGGGAUCAUACUGAAAAUAAAGAUUAGAACUUUU